AUGCCUGACAUUGAAACUCUCCCCUCUGCCAAUGGCACGAUAUCCAAGUCUCGUUUCAGAGACCAGUUACCUUUUCUGACCCUGGAAGAAAAGGUUUCUAUCCUUUCCGGUGUCAGCUUCACUAGCACUGCGGGCGUAAAAAGACUUGGUAUUCCGGCAUUGAAAGUCAGUGAUUCGAUAAACGGCGUUCGUGGCUCACUAUCACACCUUGAGGAUACCGGAACUGCUUGUUUUCCGAGCUCAACUUGCCUUGCUUCAACAUGGAAUACUGAGUUAAUGCGAGAAUUUGGCGAAGAGGUUGCAUUGCAAGCCAAGGCAAAGUCUGUGCAGGUUGUACUGGGCCCCAACAUCAAUCUUCACCGGGAUCCACGUGGCGGUCGCAAUUUUGAAGCCUUUAGCGAGGAUCCAUUAGUCACUGGGCAAUUAGCUGCAGCCAUUGUCAACGGAAUCCAGUCCCAGGGUGUAGGAGCCUGUGUAAAACAUUUUGUCGCAAAUGAAAGCGAGACCGUUCGCAGAAAAUACAAUGUUGAUGAAUCGGGAGACAAUAGGACAAUGCGCGAGAUAUACUUACGCGCUUUUCAACAUCUACUUCGACGAGCCAAUCCAAUUUCAAUCAUGACAGCUUAUAAUGCCCUUGAUGGUCAUUUCUGCAGCCAAACGCCCCUCAUCAAAGCAUUACUUCGUGACGACUGGAAGUAUGAUGGCUGCGUAAUGUCCGAUUGGUAUGGAACCAAGAGUACAGUCAAGGCUUUAGAAGCUGGACUUGACUUGGAGAUGCCGGGCAUUUCUGUUUUCCGCGGCUCGAAGUUACUAGAUGCCGUAAAUCGCAACGAGGUAUCGCAAGAAAUAUUGGACGCCGCCGUCUCUAAUGUUUUGACAAUGAUUGAUCGGACCGCCGCCAGUCAUAGCGACAAGGGUGAAGAAUCCCUGGUCUGCAAACAAACAAGUUCCAUGGCAUUGAGAGUUGCCUCCGAAGGCAUUGUUCUUUUAAAGAAUGACCAUGAUACGCUUCCCAUUGAAUUGUCCAAUAAACCUAAAGUGGCUCUCAUUGGAGCAGCUGCUAUCAAGCCAUCUGUGACUGGUGGUGGUAGUGCAUGUGCCAAACCUCAAUACGUGCAUACUCCCUUGGACUGCAUUCGAGCUGCCUACGGUGAUGAUGACCAGGUUUCAUUCGCAUAUGGGGUUAAUUCCAACCAUGCUGUCCCACCUAUGCCAACUCAUAUUUUGCAAACAUGUGAUGGACUCCCUGGUGUAAGCGUGGAUUAUUUUCUAGAUGGAUCCGACACACCCGUCUUUUCUGAGCACUCCAAAAAGGCUGAGGUCGUGCUGCUUGGCAGGUUGAAACCAGGUCUGAAACAAAACGGGUUUUUCUUUGUUAUCGAUACCAAUAUUACCGUGGAUACAAGCGGUAAUCACAAACUGGCUGUGCAAGCGACAGGGGAGUUUGAAUUAUUUGUGGAUGGGGUAAAGAUACUCUCAAGACCGGCACCUACUAUGACCGUCGAAGAUUUCUUGUUCGAGCCCAAGAAACUGGAAACAGUAAUUGAGUUCGAAAUGGAAGCUAAACGACGGUACAAUAUCACCUUGAAAGCUCACUCGCGGAAUGUUCCUUCCCCAAAUGGCGAGAUUUCACCUCAUUCGGCCAAGCUUUGCUUUGAAGAAGAGCACAAUAAUCGUGCUGCCAUUGCCGAGGCAGUGCAGGCUGCAGCUCAUUCGGAUGUCAGCAUAAUAUUUGGCGGUCGUACCCAUGAACAUGAGUCUGAAGGGUUCGACCUUAAGACUUUGACCCUACCCGAAAGCCAAGUACGCAUGAUCAAAGCAGUUGCUAGUGUGUCCAAGAAAACAGUCCUCGUGCUACAAUGUGGCAAUCCUGUCGAUGUUUCGAGCUUUGUCGACGACGUCGACGCGAUUAUCGCAGCUCAUUUUACUGGACAAGAAGGGUCACAGGCCAUCGUCAAUGUUAUCACCGGACAAACUAACCCCAGUGGCAAACUGGCUACAACUUGGCCGAUGCGUCUGGAUGAGCUUUGUGUUCCAUCGUUGAAGAAUUUCCCGGCUCAGGAUAUUGGCAACGGACCAACAAUUCGAUAUCGUGAGGGCCUCGGUGUUGGAUAUAGGGCUCCACAUAAUGCAAGCUCUGUCCGUUGGCCCUUUGGACAUGGUUUGUCUUACUCUUCAUUUGAACACGAGAACUUGAAAGUUAUAGCGCACGAGGAAAUGAAUAGCGGAGGGUUGAACCCAAGUUCAAACUUAGCAGUUACAAUCGCUCUCGAUGUGAGAAACACCAGCGAGACCGCAGGGUAUGAAGUCAUCAAGGUUUUCGGCGAGCCUCCUGUAGACUCUAUGAUAUGGCGACCACGUUUUGAACUGAUCGCGUUCACCAAGGUCUGGCUUAAGCCGAAUGAAACGCGUCGGGUUGGUCUUUCGGUAUCCCAAAGAGAUAUCAGUGGCUAUUGGGAUAGUAUAUCCCGAUGCUGGCGGUCUCUAAAUGGCACUUACAAAAUCACCUCUCAAAAUUGCGGCACCUAUCUACAGAUCGAGGAUAUGGGAACCUGGAACGGUCUUUGA